UUUAAGGCAAUGCCAUUUGAAGUAUAGGAACAUUAGCCUAAAUAUAUUUAAUCCACUUGUUAAAGCAGUGUCAUGUAUUUGAACAGAAAUGUGUAUUCUGUUCAGUGAUAUAGGACCUAUAGGUCGAACUGUGCCGAUUGUAAAAUGAUCAUAUUGCUCCCAAUUGAGGCCAAAUUUUACAAAUUAUUUCUGAGUAUUUACCUCUGACUUUUUUACAGGCGUAGCACGGUGUUUUCCCAACAGUGAUAGUAUUUCUAAAAUAAAUUAAUAUACUGAAGUGGUCGGCCUCACUUUGCUGUAAGUGUACACGUUGCUAGGCAACACCGGAGGCUGCCAGGCACGGGUCAAGCUAGCGCUCCACGUCGCCUUUGCUAAUUUGCGUGCAACAUUUAUCUGCACGACAAUGCCUCUCAGUGCCGACGCGAAGAAACCUCCCCAUCACGACCAGAUCACGGAGAUGCAGCGAAAAAUCCAACUUCUGGAGGGCGACAGAAGCGCCUCGUAUGAGAGCUCUCAGUCCACCGUGAGGAGCAACAGCGAGCACAUCCGCCGGCUGAGGCAGGACAACAAGAGGCUCUGCAGAGAGCUGGCAGAGGCCAAUGCUGGUGAUGGAAAUAUCGUCACGAAGGCCCUUCGCAACAGCGGGUUGAAGAAGGAUGCCUACUGCAGCGUUUCAGGGAAGACCGCUCUGACAACACUCGAGCACAGGGUGCUGUCCAAGAAGAAACAACUCAAUGCCCUAAAACACACCAGCCAGACCCACCAGCGUCGCCUGGAGGAGCUGCAGAUGGAAUACCAGAGAAUGAAACCAGAGAGCAGCAGCGGAGCACCGUCUCCUGAUGCUCGCAUUUGGAAAAAGGAGGAAGAUGCCAUGAACCUGCGGGCGCUGGAGAACAGCCUGGAGAAGACCCAGUAUAAAUGCAAAGAGGCACAGAACAUCAUGGUUAACUAUCAGAAACUCAAAAGUCACCUGCAGGAGGACAGUCUCACUUUCCAGAACCAGUUGGACAGUCUGGAAGCAGACAUCCUGCAGCACAGAGAGGAGCUUCACCACAUGCAGGUCGUGAACAACAAGGCACAACUCUCUAAAGAAGCUGCUAAGCUGGACUUACAGCAGCAGGAGGAAUUGCUCUACAAGGAGCGCAAGGAGAGAGAGCGCAUUUUAGCAGGCUACAGGAAAACGGUCGAGGAGCACAAGGCCCAGGCUGAAAAAGUCGAUAGAAGGGCUCAGAGAACAACUAUGCAGCCAGAUGAGCUGAACAGUGAAGCCCAGCGCAGCACACCCAGGAUGGGGGAUGAAGAGGAAAAGGUCAUCUCCACUUUUGAGGAGGCCUUCCAACAAAUCAAGGAGGCCACCGGGGUGACAGAUGUACAGGAGAUAGUGGAGCGCUUUAUCUCCCAGAAAGAGACACACCAACAUCUGCAGAAGCUGAAGGGAGAGAAUGAGAAGGUGCUGCAGCAGCUGAAGGAGCAGAAGGAGCUCCUGGACCAACAGUACCAGGAAAUGACAUAUUCUGGAGAGGCUAAACUCUCCCGCGACCAACAGAUGCUGCAGGAGUGUGAGAUGCAACUGCGGGCUCAACAGCAGAGGUGUGAUGCUAGCGAAGAGCGCCUGGAGGGGCUUGUUAAAGCCCUCGGUACUGUCCGAGCCGGAGUGCAGCACCUUGCAGACAAACUGCAACACAUCACGCUGAGUGAGGAUACAGAGGCCUCCGGCGUGUCUCCGGACUCAGAUGAGUUUGUGGUGGAGCUGAUGACUCAGUGUGAGCUGAGGUUGCAGUUGCUCCUCGAGGAGCUUCAGGGAAAGGACUUGGCUACUACCCUGAAGGAGAUGGAGGAAGAGGAGUUCUACGUGAGGAUUGAAGGCAAACUGCCAGCUUACAACACGCGUGUCAAGCUACACGAGGAGCAAAGUCUGGACCUAUUCAAUGACGAGGAAAAGAGUGACGAGGAAGAGUCUGACAUCAUUUCGCGUGAGGCACUGAAGCGUCAAUCUCAGCUGAUCAUUGACUCUAAAUCCAAGAAAAAGUCCUGGAAUAAGAAGAAGGGAAAAUUCUGAACAGACAGAACUGUCCCAAGACUUAAAGAAAGAUAACCGCCACAAUUAUCAAUAAGUGCUGUUAAAAAAAAAACCUUAAAUUUUCAAGUAAAUUGUUGGCUGAAAUGAACAAGGAACAAUCUUAGACCCAAAAGAAACACAAGCACUAUUUCAGAUGAUGUGUUGUGAUGACGAGUAUUUGUUUUAUAAAUGUUUGUGUUGUGUUGACAGUAAUGUUCCUCUUUUUCACAUAUCAAAAAAACGCAACUAUCACUUGAUCACCAAUCCAGCCUUUAAUUU